GAUAAUCGCAAUCGGCAUUCCGCAAAAAAAUCAAAACAUAACCAUGCCGCUAAAUUCUGAAAUCUGAUUAUUUAUUUUCUUUCUCAACGUUUUUUGUUUCAGUUAUUUAUUAGUUACAAUCAGAGUGGUCUUUUUGCAAUCUAUAGAGUAAAAGCAGUAGUCAUUUUCUAAGUAAUUUUGUUAAAAAUGAAAAUUUCUGAACUUCCUGGUGAUGAGGAUUCGGGAGCGACCUGUCGGACGUACGUCUUCCAAAAUGAAAGUCAUACUUUAGGAAAUGCAUUAAAAUGUAUCAUAAAUAGAUAUGAAGAUGUCCAGUUUUGUGGAUACACAGUGCCUCACCCUGCAGAAGCUAAAAUGCAUUUCAGAAUACAGACCUAUGAAACACCAGCACUAGAAGUAUUAAAAAGAGGACUUAAAGAUUUACAGAAAGUAUGUGAUCACACAAUAGAUUUGUUUGAAAAGGAAGUUAAAGAGUUUAAUAAAAUAUAAAAUCUG